AUAUAUGAAUAGCUGGAUGUGCGCGAAAAUUUGUAAAUAAGCGAAAAAAGUGACGUCACGCGACGCCCAGCGUCGUUCAACUCUAGCAGCACGCUUAUACAUAAAUUUUCGCACAUUCCGAUGCCACAGGAAUAUAAACGUCGUUUUUGGCCACAGUCAUUACAUUCAUAUUUUCGCCGGCAAAUCAAAAACAACUCUCAGCGGGAUCGAGAGAAUUUUCAAAAUUUACAAUUUUUAUUUCCAAAAUCGAAAAUUGUUCGGUCCACAAGUUGACAAUCUAGGUUUGUGACGCGCUAGUGACUAUUUUCGAUUGAUAUCUGUGCAUCAGUGAUACGUCGAGAUAAUUUGCGAUCGAUCUUUUUUUAUCUAUAUUUUUUGGACCCUUUCAAGAUGUCGACUUGUAUCAACGAGAGAGUUUAUGUGGAUUCUGGUUUGAAAUCAAAGGUGGCACUGUUCGACAAAGUAGCUGACAAACAUGUUCAAAAACAGGCGAUAAAUCCUUUUUCAAAUGGAAAACAGAGUGGUAGCUUACCAAGGCCGUCAUUUUCCAAAGAAGAGUAUGGAAAACCACCUAAAGGAUCGCUUUCAGAAGAGAGAGCGUUCAAAGCGACGAUACAUGUUAGCAGGGAAAUGAUGGAACUGUGUGAAAUCAUAAACCAAUGUGGCGAACGCCUCUUCACACCAGAAGAAAAACCAGAUGACCCCCGGAAGGUUAUAAGCUUUGGGGAACUUUUCUCAAUAUACACUGCCAUAUCAGAUAAAGUUGUGGGCAUCCUUCUACGGGCCCGAAAAUAUAACUUGGUCGACUUCGAAGGGGAAUGUUUAUUCCAGAGAAAGGAUGAUCAUGUACCUAUAAUCCUGUUGAAACCUAUAGCAGAAGUGAGAAAAUUUCUUCAAGAAAGGAUAGACACCGCAACUAAAUCAUUGGUUGAAAGUGGAGCAAUUUAUCAUUGAUGAAAUUCUAAAUACCUAUCUCAUAAGAUUAAUUAUACGGACCAUAAUACAAAAUUUCCAUGCAUGUUAAAAGUUCGAUGAAUUUCUUAUAUUUUUAUCAUAGAUAUUAUUUUUAUCAAAAAAUUCCUAUAAGUGUGUAAAUAUACAAUCUAGUGAUAUAGAAUAUAAUAUAGUUCUUAUAUCGUUUUCCACUAAACUGAAAUUUUGGUUUCUUGAAUAAUUACACGUGAUAAAUAAAGACAAAAAAUAUUCAGUGCGAAAAAAGUUAAAGUAUAUAGUGCUAUGAGUGGAGAACGCUAUUAUAGUAAUAGGUAUAUAUGGUUGUGAAGUGAAAUUUCAGAAAUUUUCGGCAAAUAGAUUUUCAUGUACGGCGUAUGUAUUAGAAAUAUUGAAAAUUUGCAGACUUUUCAGAGAGGGAAACAAAAUAGGGAAAAAUUAAUUGCAAUAUUGUACAUUAUCAUUAUCACAUUCACGGAAAACUUCUAAUGAUAACUUUGUAUAUGUAGAGGGAUACAAUUUGAAUGCGAAUGAUGGAUACCUAGCUGUCAUUUUCGAAGGAUGUUCAUGACGAUAAAAAGUCAAAUUCUGAUUUC